AUGUAUCAGCCUGGAGUAGCUCCCAUGGCCCUCAACAUCCAUCCGGGCUUUGCGUCCAAGUCCGGUGCCAUCACGACUACCCUUCGCUACGCCGAAGACGACCAGUCAGACAUGGUGUCCUCGCCCCCCCGCGCCGCCAGUGGUGGUCGCCAACGCAGUCACUCGAUACAACAAGAGCUGGGCCAGUCGUCGCCGCAAAGGCAAAUGUCGCCUAUCAAAUUGACCGAACCGCUGCCGGCCCUCUACGUCAAGGCCCUGUAUGACUACGACGCCGACGAUCAUACGAGCCUCAGUUUCCGCCAGGGAGACGUCAUCCAAGUUCUCAACCAGCUCGAGACCGGUUGGUGGGAUGGAGUCAUCGGCAAUGUCCGUGGCUGGUUCCCCAGCAACUACUGUGCCAUAGUGACCAACCUCGACGAGAUCGAGGAGCUCAGCUCCCACCGUAUGGUAUCCGAUGCUGGUGACACCAGCGCCGAGUCUGGCCUGGAUGACGAUUAUGAAGACGAACAUGAAGACGAGUUUGAUCUGGAACACCACAACCAGCGCGAUUCUCAACCCAUUCUUCCCAUAGAAGGCACCGGCCCCGGCGAGCAAGAAGAAGCUGCCUUUUGGAUUCCACAGGCCACCCCUGAUGGCCGAUUAUUCUAUUUCAACACCUUGACCGGAACCAGCACCAUGGAACUCCCGCUGGAAAACCCAUUGCUGGCAAACGAGUUUGGUCCCCGCGAUCGCAACAACUUUUUUGUUCCUGACCAGACUCGCCCGCCUCCAGAAAUGAUGGCCCGAGGUGUGGAGCGCGACGAAGACGACUACGAUGGCUCUGGUUCUGAAGGCGAAGGCGAAUCGUUGAUGCUGGCGUCGCGUGACUCUAUUUCCCGCAGACGUCGCUCCUUGUCUGAUGACGUCUCUCCGGCCACCUCCAUGGACUCGUUGAACCCAUCCCCCGUGUCCAAAUCCACCCAACAGAAGUACACCUCCCAAUCUUCCUUCUCACAUCCUUCUGGUCGCCCAUCCAAUGCUUCUUCCAUUCCGCGACACUUUGUAGACGACACGCCUGGCUCUCGCUUGAGCUGGUCUGAUCUGCUGGAAAAUAUGCGCAAUGCUAUCGAAGCCUAUCGACAGGCUAUUCGCAACGGUGACCGCAGCGAAUAUGUCCGAAAAGCAGAAGACAUUUCUGACCACCUUCGCUUGUUGCUCGCCGCGGGCUCGGAUACUACCGAUAAUCACUCUGGAAACCCUUCUAUUAUCUCAUCAAACCGCACCCUUUACCCACAUUUUCGAGACAUGAUGUCCAAGUUUUCUAAACUCGUUUUGUCUUCGCAUAUUGCAACUUCUGAUUGGACAAAUCCUGACUCUGCUGUCAAAUGCUUGCAAGAAGCCGAUGGCGUCUGGCAAGGUGUCUAUGGCUACGUUGAAGUCGCUAGUCAACAGCGUGGCGACAAUAUCAACCGCAUUGUGCCCGGCUUUGUGCUCAACAGCUCAUCAGGCGGUCACUGGAUGAACAAUGGUAUUAAAAACAGCGAAUCUGGCGCUACUUCUUUUCUUGAGCCUGAUGGCCAGGAACUUGGUCAGGAGCCGUCAGUAUCCCUCGAUCUCGCUCUGCUUGAUCAGAUCGACUUGAUGAGGAAGUCACUAGCUCUCAGUAUUAGAAAGCUAGAGGAGCAAUUAGUUCUGAGCCACAAGGCAAUCACCCAAAAACAGCAUCAAACCCUGAGUGAUACCAUUUGUCUUGCCGCUAUUAGUGUUGUGGAAAAAUACCGACCCUGGAUCAUGACGGUUGAGUCGAUCAACCUGGCCCCGCUUGGCACAAGUCUCCAAAACCCACAACUGGUCGACUUUGGCAUGCAGAAACAGCGAGUCUACGAGACUAUUGCCGACCUUGUCCUGAGCUGUCAAUCUGUUUCUGCCCCCUUGGGCGAUGAAUGGGCCGAACUACGAGGAGACUCGCUUGAGGAUCGAUUGAAUGGAGUGCGAAGCGUUACUCGUCAACUCGAGGCCUAUGCCUCGCAAAUUGGGUUUUCUCUGUCUCUUUUGCAAGAGCAGAUUCCUGAGCAAUCGCGUGACUCUAACGACCAGACUCACUUUGUCGAUGACGGCGCAAUGGAUCCCUUCCAAAAGGCAUCGAAUCGUGUCGACCCUGCCAGACGUAAAACUACCGCAUCAGUUGUCCCAGCCUUACCUUUCGGACUUGAUGACGACGGCAAUAAAGUCCGUCGAAACAUGGAAAAAGCCCAGCGCUUCUUUGGCCAAGCUCCCCCAACUACGAUCACGAGAGAGCCUCUCCGUGAACCGGUUGCCGUACCUGAAGAGACACCAUGGUUCUUGAACUUUGACCACGAAGGCGAAGUUUUUUAUGACAACAAAGCCGAUGUGCCCACUCUCAAAUGUGGUACUCUAGAAGGGUUGGUGGAGCAAUUGACUCGUCACGAUAAGCUAGACGCGUCUUUCAACAACACUUUCCUCCUCACGUAUCGCUCGUUCACUACAGCCCCGGAACUUUUUGAUAAGUUGGUUCAACGGUUCAGCAUUCAGCCCCCGUAUGGGUUGACCCCAGAUGAACUACAAAUGUGGGUGGAUCGGAAGCAAAAGCCAAUCCGAUUCCGGGUAGUCAACAUUUUGAAGAGUUGGUUUGAAAAUUUCUGGAUGGAAAUCAACGAUGAAGCAAACAUGAACCUUCUCCGGCAGGUUCAUGAUUUCACCAAAGAUUCGAUUGCUACAACGAAGACCCCAGGAUCCCCACAGCUCUUGGCCGCUGUCGAACAGCGUCUACGCGGCCAAGAUACCACAGUCAAGAAACUUGUCCCCACUCAAAGCAUGCCCAUCCCGAAUCCGAUUCUACCGAAAAAUAUGAAGAAACUCAAGUUCCUCGAUAUUGAUCCGACCGAGUUUGCUAGGCAGCUGACGAUCAUCGAGUCGAGAUUGUACGGGAAAAUCCGUGCAACCGAAUGUCUGAAUAAGACUUGGCAAAAGAAGAUUGCGCUCGGAGAGACUGAGCCCGCUGCCAAUGUCAAGGCAUUGAUCUUACACUCCAACCAGCUUACCAACUGGGUUGCUGAAAUGAUCCUGACUCAGGGCGAUGUCAAAAAGCGUGUCGUUGUCAUUAAACACUUUGUCAACGUUGCCGAUAAAUGUCGAGCUAUGAACAACUAUUCUACGCUUACUUCGAUUAUUUCGGCCCUCGGAACGGCUCCUAUCCAUCGACUGGGCCGGACAUGGACUCAAGUAAGCGGCCGCACGUCGACUGUGCUCGAACAGAUGCGUAGGCUUAUGGCCAGCACGAAGAAUUUCGGUGAAUACAGAGAGACUUUACAUGCCGCUAAUCCUCCUUGUAUUCCAUUUUUCGGUGUAUACCUUACCGAUUUGACUUUUAUCGAAGACGGCAUUCCAUCACACACACCAUCCGACCUCAUCAACUUUAACAAGAGAGCUAAAACGGCCGAGGUUAUCCGAGACAUCCAGCAAUAUCAAAAUGUUCCGUACCAGCUGCAGCCGGUCCAUGAACUGCAGGACUACAUUCUAAGCAACAUGCAAGCAGCUGGUGACGUUCAUGAAAUGUACGACCGCAGCUUGGAAGUAGAACCGAGAGAGCGAGAGGACGAAAAGAUUGCGAGGUAUGGCAAAAACAAUACAGACUCUUCUCCUUCCUCGAACAUGACCAUUGCCUCGAUUGUAGCGGCAAUGCGUUGA